AACACGGCACAACAGAACAAACCGCCCCCUCCAUCUUCCAGCUCCUACCGAAAACAUAAUGGUGAUGGAGAGGCACAUUCAAAUCUUCCUAAACAGGCUCUCCUUUGUCUCAAUCACCAUAGCCACCUUGACCCUUCUCCUCCUCUUCCUCCAAACCCCACAAACCUGUGUCCCUCCAAACUCACCUCCCAAACCCCACCUCAAAUUCCCAAAGUCCUCCUGUGAUUCCUCCCCACGCGAGCUUCUACCCAUUGACAAGAAAAAUCGGCGCCUCUGGUCCUCCAACUCCUGGCAAUCCAAAGUCUCCUCCUUUUCCCACUUCUUCACCUCAAUCCGCCAUCUGGGUUUUCUUCACAACCACUCCAAAGUCCUCUGUGUCUCCGCUGGGGCUGGCCACGAGGUCAUGGCACUAUCGAAGCUUGGAACUUUGGACGUUACUGGGGUUGAAUUGGUCGACUCGCCACCUUUAGUGAGCCGCGCCGAUCCGCAUAACUUGCCUUUCUUUGACAAUAUCUUCGAUUUGGUGUAUACUGGGCAUUUGGAGGAGGCUUUGUUUCCGGCCAGAUUUGUGUCUGAGAUGGAGAGAACGGCGAGGGGUAAAGGGGUCUGUGUUGUCGUUGUGGAGGAGUGUGGGGAUGACGAUGUGAGACAGAUUGUGGGUUUGUUUCAGAAUUCCAGUCUUGUUAGCGUGGCCAAUGUUAGUUUGGUUGGAUUGAGAAUGACAAGGAUUAUAAUGAGAACUAGGAUGUCUUAAUUGAUUUAA